AUGGAAGUGAAACAGAUAAUAUACCAACUGUUAGAGGGUAAAGUCAGGGGAUUGUACUACUACCACAAGGGACGUAGUAGACGUCGCGAAGGUUCUCACGAGCUGGGCAAGGGCUCAGAGUGUGCAAGGCAGCGGGAGGCACGGCGGAGGCAGCGGGCAGAGCGGCAGGAGCGGGCACAGAUGAGGGCACAGACAAGGGCAUGGACAAGGGCAUGGACGGAGGCACGGGCAGAGCGGACAUGGACGAGGAUGGUCUUGGGGCGGCGGCAGAGGACUCAGAGGGCAUGGGGACCUGUGGAGCAGAAGAGGAAGGAGAUGAGACACCAUGCGGUCAAUGAGAAGUCGGUGGGGAUGUGGAGCACGAGGGUGACGACGGUGAAAACAUUCGAGGAGUUCAUUGUCAGAGGUAGGGAUGUCGGAGAGAGUGAGCCAGGAGUCUUCGUCUUCAGAGAGACCCUUCCAACGCAUGAGGUACUCAUAGCGCUGGCCGAGUUUGCGAGAGUCGAGGAUGGUGGCAAUGGAGUUCGAGGGAGUGGGGUCAUCAAUGUCGAAGGGGUCAGGGGUGGCAUGAGAAUGGAAUUGGAAGGGACCGAGCUUGCAAUGGUCGAGCUUGUCAGAGGGAUGUGUUGUCUUGAUGUUGCGACGCAGCAACCAGACGAGCUGAUCGUGCAUGAACGGAGGCGCAGCAGUGACAUGCGCAUUGUAGGCGCAAGCUUGUCAAUCUUGGGCUUCCUUGAGCUUGGUGCACAACUCGUCAUGGAGGUGAUUGAGUCGCUGCGCGAGAUCGACGGCGGCGGGUACAGAGGAGUGUUCCGUGAGGCAAGGGUGCGCGCGCGGCCAGGGUGA